AGGGGCGAGGAAGGAGCUUCGGCGCAGCCUAGUAGCUAAAGAAAAGUUUGUGAAAUUGCAGUUUUGUCUUCAGUUGGCAAUGAUGCAUACGGGAAAGCCCAGGAUGGUUGUUCCUUAUGGCCUCAAGACUCUACUGGAGGGAGUGAGCAGAGCAGUUCUCAAAACCAGUCCCAGCAACAUCACUGAGUUUGCUGCUCUCUAUUUUAGGGAGCUGAUAAUUUUUCGAGAAGAGCACCCUAAUUUGGACAUUAAAGAUCUGGUUAGAGAAUUUCAUCUAUCUAGAGUAGAGGGAUGGGCCGAAGCUGCAGGAACAGCUGCAGCCCGUGGGCCGUCCAAAAGGGCUGAUAUAGGAGAUGCAUAUAGGCCAGACUUAGAUGGAACAGCUCCAAUGUCUGAGGAACCCAAACGGAAGGAGAAAUCGACUGACACUGAAGAGGACCAAAUCAGCGAAGAACCUGCACGUGAACUGAGCACCAAGACUACACAAUACCCAUCAAAACAUGAAGACUUUGUAGAUAAGCCUGGGGAUGAGAAGGCACGUGAACUUGCCUAUGUCCCGGCUGAUCCUGCCCAGCUAGCAGCACAGAUGCUAGGUAACGAAACUCUUGCGUAUGAAGCUGAAUUGAAGGAUGCAGCUAUCUCUGUGCAGACCCUUCCUACAUUAUCCCACAGUGCAGAGGAUGUUGCGGCUGCACCAGCAGAAACUCCUGCUGCUGAAGAAGAACCGCCUGCCCCAGAAGCAGCGCCUGUAGAAGCAGCGCCUGUAGAAGCAGCGCCUGUAGAAGUAGCGCCUGCAGCUUCUGCACAUUCUAUCAGGGCUGAGCCAGACACCCGGAGUCAGACCUCCGUUCUUGGGGAGGUAGUCCCCUCGGGAAGUCAGGCUGAGCUACCACCCGAUGAUGUAGUAGAGGAAGCUUCCUCAGACCCCUUGCAGGAAGAACCACCACCCCCGGCACCACCACCUCCUCCUGAUAAAGACCCUUUGCAGGCUGAAUCUUGUCCAAGUGAAAUUGAGGUCACAUCAGACCUACAGCUCACACCCUUUGGUGUCGAGGAUCCCGAUGCUGGUGGAGAGGCCCCACCUUACAUAGAGCAGUUUCCACAGCAAAUAGUAAUUCCUUUCAUAGACAAUGUAGCAUGUCUUAUAGAACCACUAACGGCGUCGCUAAAUGCAGGUCAGUUUAAAUGCACUAGUAUUCUAGAUCCAUCUGCAGAUGAUGCAGAAUGUGACCAUGACAGAAUGGAUACUACAGAGCAACUGAGACCAACUGACCCAGGUUUUGUUAUGUCAGUAGCCAUACCACUAGAAGAUGUAAUGACUGGGAAGAAGGGCUCGGGAGCUGGAGAUAAGGCACCAUUUGCAGGAAGCUAUGGUAUAGCGGGAGAGAUAACGUUUACUACUGCCUCAAUACGCAGAACAGAAUAG